AUGAAGGAAUACAUCCUUGGGAUGUUGGAAAAUGGCCAUGGAGUCACAAGGCGCCAAAUUCGUAUGAAGCUCAACAGAGACAUGUUGACUUUGCCCAUUCAACACGUUGAUGCUCAAGUCCGCACAGAGGCCAUAGCCCAUAUAUACCGAACAUGGCACCAUGCUCGUACACAAAAGGAUAAGGAUGAUGAUACUGCUGUUGGUCGCUGGCUAGAUGAACUUGAGGCACGUCAAUACACAGUAUGGCGUAUUGCCAAUGAUGAUACAGUUCGCUAUGCCUUUGGUUUUUGUUCCACAUGGCAACAAAAUGAGCUAACCAAAAGCGGCAACUGGUCAAUGGAUGCUACUCAUAACAUGGGACCAGAUGCAAAUGCAUUGUUGUAUACAAUCAUCGUGCGCCAUCCUUUGGCUGAUCGUGGUAUCCCUGUGGCGUAUUUGUUCACCAACGACAAGUCGGCAUAUCCUGUUACCGAAUGGCUCGAAAACAUUGCUGCGUUAGGUGGAUCGCCAAAGAUUAUUACCGUCGAUUGUGACCUUGGCGAAGUGAAGGCCAUUCAAACUCUGGUGGAGAAGGCAGUUGAAUGGGGUCGAGCACAAAACAAGAUGGAGCGAAAGUAUAUCGAAAUGCAGAAGAUGCGAGAUGAAAUGAAGGCUUUGAUGUGGGAGCAAGAUCGCGAUGAGUUCUGUAAGAAGUGGAAUGCGUUCAAGAAAACGUGGUCAAUGCAUCAGUCAGCAUUUGUCGAUGAUUUCGAGAAGCAAUGGAUGGCUGAGGAUAAAUAUCCAAGAUGGGCAAGAUGUUAUCAUCCAGCUGUAUAUACCAACAUGUUGACAAACAAUUACGUGGAGUCUUGGCACAAUCAGCUGAAAACCGUUUACCUAGCUCGCAAGUACCCACGACGUGUUGAUUUUCUCAUCUAUACGCUUGUCGAAGAGGUUGAGCUUGACAUGAUCUCGGAGGUGAAACGACGCGCAGCACGCAAUGGCCAACUCACGAAUAUACAGCGUCACAUGCUACCGAAGAAGAAACAGGCAGAUGAGAUGGCGGAUGAUGUAUCCGAUGUUGCGCUUAGUCGUAUGAUCAGACCAAAUAGGAGUAUUCAAAACACGUUUACAGUUGAAAGCUUUAAGCUUGACGGUGUGCGUUAUAUGGUAACUGUGCACUUUGAUGAAAAUUCAGAUGCCAAAACCAUCAUGUCCUGCUCCUGCCCUGCAUACACCUUCGACUAUUUGCCAUGCAAGCACAUGUUCCUUCUUGCUCGUUGGGAUACUGCAUAUACUGUAAAUGGUGACUAUAGGCCAACACGUCUCAUUAUCGAUCCAAAUACAAGCACUUCCCAAUCCUUACCAUUGCCUGGUUCCUCGCCCAAUCCUAGCAAUGUGUCAUCCUCCGCUUCCUCUUCGGAUCCAUCAUCUUCAGCUCCUGCACCUACUGGAAGGGAUGCUCCUCUGGGUAAUCCUCGUGAUGCGAUGAAGGCUGUAAUCAACAAAUUUAAACGCACCUUCGAGCAAUCAGCUUUCUCGGAUCAUCGUCUACUUGCAAUCGUCAGCAAACUUGAAGGUCUCCAUUCUGAAUUACAACAAGCCAUCGUCUUACCUCCUAACGCUAGACUCCAAACCCAACAUCCUAAAAAGAAAACUCGUACUAGAAAAUAA